UUUUUUUGAUGUUUUCUAAGCCAACAGUAUAGAGAGCUCGAACCUAGAAGUGACAGUUUCCAGAAAUGGACCCACUGUUCAAAAAGGCACUGCAGCGAACCCUGGUUUUCUUUUUAUUUCUCUUUCCCAGCGCUUGGUUAUUUUUGCAAGUGGAGAACACGGAAGAAGAAGAGCAAGAAGCAAAGUAUCAGUUGUUGCACUCCCUACACGAAUUCAUGAUAUCUAAAUACAACAUAACCACCGAAGAGUUCAUUAACUUCUCUCGUAUCGCACAUGAGGCCUUAAGUGAUCCGAAACCCAAGUGGACCUUUUCGUCUGCCCUCGACUUUGUGUUUCAAGCUUGGUCAACCAUAGGUUAUGGAUACAUCACUCCUCAGACGCGCUCAGGCAGAAUGUUGUGCAUCAUUAUUUGUUUAUAUGGGAUUCCUAUCACCCUACUCUUGUUAAAAUCCAUUGGGGAACUGAUUGCCAGCCGCGUCAAUACUGUAGUCGAACGUUUCGAAAAGAGAUUCUUUAAUACAUUGGAGCCAAAACAUGUUCAAACUAAGACUGCUGUUUUUUUGGUAUCGUCGAUGAUAUUGGUGAUGACGGCAUAUGGAACUUUGGUACCAUAUUUUGACAAUUGGACCUUUGACGAAGGAGUAUAUUUUUCUUUUAUAACAUUUUCCACAAUCGGUUUUGGGGACUAUAUCUUGCGUACUAAGCCUAUAAACAAAAGUAUUGAGAGGUUAUUUUCGAAAAACUCUCCAGGGCAGGAAGGAAGCAAAUAUAGAGAAGUUGACUCAGAGGAGAUUAUUUACUCAGUUAUCUUCAAUGUGUUGGUGACAUUGUGUACUAUGUUAAAUCUGUGUGUGGUAUCUGGUGUUAUUAAUUCCAUUAUGACUGCCUUGGAAGAAAUGAAAAAUUACUACGCCCGGUGUGCUAGAUGCCUUAAUCGAAAAACUCAGAAUCACAUUGGCACGGGGUUAGCCAGUGGUUCCCAGCGAGAAGAAGAAGAAGAAGAAGAAGAAGAAGAAGAAGAAAUGAAACACUCAAAUGUUCAAAAUAUGGAGGGCAAUCCAUAACUGACGUUUACAGAAAUGAAAUAAUGUAAGCAAGAAGUCUCUCCAUAGGUGAAGCCUGUUUUGUCACCAGUCUUUCCCGCUACGUGUAUGGAAUUGAGAGAGAGGGCAUACGCGGAGCGUCUUAUACGCAUAUACGCACGUGCGUACUUGA